AUGUCGGCAUUGCAGAAUUUCAUGCUGACCGUGGACCGCGACAAGCAGAGCGCUAUCCAGAUCGCGGAAAAGACAGCUCAAGAUGUCGAGAACCAGCAGACUACCCUGGUUGACGUCGUCCAGUCACUUGGCGAAUACAUUAACGACGACGAUGCCAUCAUUCGCGGAAAGGCCGUUUCAUAUCUGGCGGCAGUCGUCAAGGCGUUUUCGCCAAAGUUCCUCUCCCGACAGCAGAUCUUGGUUCUGACGACUUUCUUCUGUGACCGUAUCAAGGAUGGCGGGGCUGUUACCGGUCUCGACACGCUGCAGAAGCUGGACAGGUUCACCAAGGAAUUCGCCCAGGAAAUUGCGCGGGCGAUUUUCGACCAUUUCAGGGAAUUACAAGCUCGGGCCCAGUCGCAGAGAUACCAGAUAUAUCAAUUGGUUAAUGGUUUAAUGGAGAACCACAGAGCAGCUCUCCAUGAAAUGGGUGAUGAAUCCCUGGUCGGAAUCGUGGAUGUGAUGACAGGCGAGAAAGAUCCGCGGAAUCUCAUGCUUGUCUUCUCGAUACUCAAAGUAGUCAUGGUUGAAUGGGACAUAACUAGCCAUGUUGAAACGCUUUUCGACUCUGUAUAUAAUUAUUUCCCGAUCACUUUCAAGCCUCCUCCCAACGAUCCGUACGGCAUCACGGCGCAGGAUCUGAAGGAUCGUUUGCAGGCUUGCAUUUCCUCAAAUUCCCUGUUUGCGCCCCAUGCUUUCCCGGCGUUGAUUGACAAACUUGAUUCGACGUCGAAUAAUGUGAAGCGAGAUUCUUUAAAUGCUUUGGUCGCAUGUAUAGAAUCCUACGACACCAACACAGUGUCGAGAUACUCCAUCAAGAUCUGGGAUGCUGUGAAAUUUGAGAUCCUCAACGCGCAAGAAGAGUUUCUUUCUGAGAUGUCCUUGAACGUGCUACGCGCGAUUGUCAGACGUCUUUCGGAGCAUAUUACCCAGGUUUCUAACGACAUGCCUCUGGCUCACUUUCUCAAACCGAUCAUUCAGGAAUGCAACGAUCAGCUUCGCGAGCCGCAGAAUAAGCAGGCGCAACCUGCGCGAGAGAUUCUUCGAGCGGUAUCUUCUGCAUCUACACCAUCGUUCGUUCUUAUCAUCCAGUCAGUCGUUGCGCCGCUCUUCACCAUUUAUCAAGAGGCCGACUCCAUAGCCAAGCAAAGAGCCUUCUUGGAGACCUAUGUCACGUUACUAGACUCUGCUAUCGAUCUAUAUGGGACAUGGGCCGACAGAGAUUCAGCACAGCAAUUCGAAAACCCUCUGUCCGCAUUCCAGGACCAAUUCACGGAAGUUUUCAGUCAGGCGUUGAUGGGUUCGGCUAAAGAGGAGAUCUCUUUCAGACAGACAGCAUUGCAGGGUCUUUUACGACUAUCGAAAAUACGCAAUUUCUUCCAGGACAACGAGAUAGGAUUGUUUGUGCAAUACCUAGAUGAGAUUCUCCUCAAGGAAGAAGUCGUUGGCUCUGGGGCACUCAAGAAGGAUGCCGUUUCAGCGCUUGCGGAGCUAUCAAGAUACAAAUCGAAUAUAAUCAUGGAAAUCACCCUUCCGGCUUUCAUGGCUACGCUGCCGGAUGAGGAUGAUGGAUCGGAUUUGAAAUAUAUCACAACUCUUGACACUUUGGCCCAGAUCAGUGCACAGCGAAACAUUUUCGAGACCUUGGUCAGACGUCUCCUGAAUAAGCUGGAUCUAUUGUUGCAAGGAGACAGCUCCCAUCCUAGAUAUGCUAGGAUUAUUUUGUUGACGAUCAUCCAUGCAAUGGGCAAGAACAAGCCCAAUGAACCUGCGCAGAACCUUGACGGCUAUUAUGAUAGGAUUGUUGUUGGGCUGUCGAAACGGGCGGCGUCAGCUUCAACUAAUGACACAUCGAAGAUCCUUCGUGACGUCUCGGUCCUAGACACUUUGGGAAGACUGUGCACUCUUAUCGUACUCUCAGCCUCUCGAGAGAAGCAAGACCAAGUGGCAGAGAAUAUAUACACUCUUUUCAGCAGUUCGGAUGAAAACUUCAAACCUGUCCCAUUCUCGCAAACGCAGAGUGAAAGCCAGAAGCGAACGAUGAUCUUGUCUACAGCUUUACUGGCAGCUUUACCCAAAGACACGACUAAACUGCCGUACACUACGCCGGACAUCACACCUUUGCUCAACGACCUUGUCCAACUCUCCGAGACCAGUGCAACCGACCCAGCUGUCCAGCUUGCCAUCCACCGUCACCUUGCACUUCUAGUGAACAAAUUCCUACCAAACUCCGCUUUACCUCUCGCAUUCGAAUUCUUCAAUGCCAACUACCCCUCAUCACCAGAGAACACAUCCCCCGAACGAGUUAAGACUCUCUUCUGGCUCUCCAAAGCCCUCGCCCUCCGCCUGGCCCCGAGCACCUCCACCAUCCUCUCCCAACUCCUCCUUCUCCUCUCAUCCGCCGACCCAACCACCAGCUCAACCGCCGCCAAGGGCUUCUCCCUAAUCCUCAGCCCAGACGACAUCCUCUCGCCCCAAAACGGCGCCAACAUACGCCUGCUCAGCAAACAACGCGUCUUCAGCAUCGUUGUGCCCAUGCUCAGCACCAAAUUCCGCGAACUUUCCUCGUCUGCGUCUGCCCCACACAUCAAACCAGCGUACCUCACAGCCCUCUCCGGAAUCCUCUCCUCCAUCCCCACCGAUCUCGUUCUCCCCGAACUCCCCAGCCUCCUGCCCUUACUCCUCCAAAGCCUCGACCUAACAGACCCGACCCCGUCAACCACACUCGUGAAAACAGCCACCCUCCGAACCCUCGCAGUCCUCAUCCGCGACAAUGGUGGUGUACACAUAAUCCACGAAACGGGACACAUCCAAGACCUCGUUCGCCGAUUACUCAAAACCGCUUCUUUCUCCCCUCCUCAAACAUCAUCAUCAUCACCGGCGCUACGCGAACAGUCACUCCGUUGUCUAUACCUGCUCGCAAUAAGCCAAGUACCAACAUCAACAACAACGACUGCCGCCGGAGGAGGAGAAACAGAUGUGGACGCCGCCCUCGCAGCGGCACUAAGUCGACCGACUGGAUCUACUACGACAACUACAAAAGACGGAAUAUCGCCUUUGCUGCCUGUGAAGAAUCAGGUUCUUAGAACCCUGAUGCAGAUCUUGGAUGAUCCCAAGCGGGAUGUGCGAAAGGCUGCUGUUGAUGCGAGGGGGGCUUGGUUGAGGGCUGUUAGUGAUGGGCCCGAUGAGGAUGAUGAUUGA